GUGUCCCCCCCCGCCCCGGAUGCCGGGCGGCCGGUUCGACUUCGAGGAUGGCGGCACGUACUGCGGAGGGUGGGAGCGGGGCAAGGCGCACGGGCACGGCGUGUGCACGGGGCCCGGGGCCCGCGGCGAGUACGCGGGCUCCUGGGCGCACGGCUUCGAGGUGGCCGGGGGCUACACCUGGCCCAGCGGCAACACCUACCGGGGCCACUGGGCCCAGGGCAAGCGCCACGGGCUAGGAGUCGAGGCCAAGGGCAAGUGGGUCUACCGGGGGGAGUGGGCCCACGGCCUCAAGGGCCGCUACGGGGUCCGCCACUGUCUCGACGCCCCCGCCCGCUACGAGGGCACCUGGACCGACGGUCUGCAGGACGGCUACGGCGUGGAGACCUACGGGGACGGAGGUACCUACCAGGGCCAGUGGAGCGGCGGCGUGCGCCACGGCUUCGGCCUGCGUCAAAGCGCUCCGUACGGGCUGGCGACGGUGAUCCGCUGGCCGCUGCGGACGUCGUCGGCCUCCCUGCGCAGCGAGCAGAGCGACGGCGGGCUCCCGCCCGACAGCCCGGCGGGCACGCGGGGCGGCUUCGUCCUCGGCCGGCCGGCGGGCGAGGGCCCGGCGGCCCGGCGGCGGGCCUGGCGUCCAGGCCGCUCCGAAUCCCGCUCCUCCUUGUCCAGCAAGCGCAGCUCGCUGCGCAGCGAGGCCACGGGGCCCAGCCGGCUCAGCUCCAGCGACGCGGCCUCGUCGGCCCCCAGCCUGGGCGACGCCGACUGCGACUGGCGCGGCGGGCCGGCCGAGGACCGCGUGGACGCCACCACCACCGAGACCUACGCCGGCGAGUGGCGGGGCGACAAGCGCAGCGGCUUCGGGGUCAGCGAGCGGUCGGACGGCGUCCACUACGCCGGGGAGUGGCGGGAGAACCGGCGCCACGGCUACGGCUGCACCGCGCUGCCCGACGGCUCGCUGCACGAGGGCAAGUACAAGAACAACGUCCUGGUCCGGGGCGUCCGCCGCCGUCUCCUCCUGCCCCUGCGAGGCCCCGGCAAGACGCGGCAGAAGGUGGACCGCGCCGUGGAGAGCGCCCAGCGGGCCGCCGCCGUGGCCAAGACCAAGGUGGAGAUCGCCACGUCCAGGACUGCCCACGCCAGGGCGAAGGCCGACGCCGCUGACCAGGCCGCCCAGGCCGCCAUCCAGGAGUGCAACAUCGCCCGGGCAGUAGCCAAGGAACUGGCCCCCAACUUCUAUCAACCAGGCCCCGAUUACAUCAAGCAGAGGGUCCCGGAGGAGGUCGGCGGCCCCGAAGGGCAGGCCGAGGACGGCGUCCCCGAGAAGGCCGCCUCCCCCGAGGAGUCCCCCCACUUCUACCGGAAAGGCACGACGCCCCCCAGCUCGCCGCAGCCCAGCCCCAAGCCCCCCGCCGCCAAGAGGCCCAACCCCAGGCCCGCUCCGUCGCCCGCGGCGGCCUCCAAGUACGCGGGCCGCCAUAAUCCCUCCGGCCCGGGCGACGGCCAGCUGCACGCCCAGUACCACGGCUACUACGUGAAGGUCGGCGCCCCGCAACCCGCGCCCGAGGACGACGAUGGGGUGGCCGCCCCCGGCCCCCCGCCCGCCGGCCCGCCGCACCGGACGCCCCCGGCCAAGGCCGCGCCCCGUCCGCCCGUCCAGGAAGGCCCCGUCCCGCGGGCCAGGGCGUCCGAGCUGUCGACGGCCAAGAGUCCGGCCCGCAAUGGCUCACCCCCCGUGGACAGGGAGGUCAACCCGGGCCCCAACUCUGUGGUCAUCGUCCUGGUCAUGCUGCUCAACGUCGGGGUGGCCAUCCUCAUCGUUCACUUCCUCACCUGACCGGGCCUCGGCCAGUCCCCCGCACGUCCCCACGGCCUGAGGACGCCGCCCGCCCGCCGAGUCCAAUCCAGGCCGGAGCUCCGGCCUGCCCGCGCGUGG